AUGCACAACUAUUCUUUCGACAUCCCGAAUGAACCAAGAGCCCAAGAACAUUCUGUUCGGGCUGGAGAACCAAACCUUGAGGUGGGAGAAGGCCUCGAGGCGCAAGAUGAAGGCCUCAAGGCAGAAGAAUCAGGCCUCGAGGCGGGAGAAUUCAACCUUGAGGCUGGUGAAGCAGACAUCGAGGCUGGAGAUUGGGACAUCGAGGCUGGAGAUUGGGACAUUGAGGCUGAAAACUCAAAUAUUCCACCAACUCCGGUCCUAAAUCCUAAAGAGACCUACCGAGAUUAUCACUUGGAGCUCAACGGAAAAAUCUGUGAUGAACAUGGUCAGUUCCUUGACCCAGAUACUCCGCCACCUCCAUUCACGACAAGAGAGCAUGGUGACUGGACACCAUUCCACGAUCGCACAGAGUUCGAAACCGCGGAAUUUUUAUAUACUCAAAAUCAAAUGUCCGGCGGUGAUAUCGACAAGCUUAUGUACCUAUGGGGAAGAACCCUUGCGCAUCACGGAGACAUCCCACCAUUCGCUGAUCACAAAGACUUAUAUUCAACCAUCGACGCGAUACCCCUUGGAGAAGUGGCAUGGGAGAGCUUCACAAUGAAGUUCGAUGGGAAAGGCUCGGAUCCUAAUGAUUCUGAGACUCACGCACCAUGGAUGGAUACUCCUUACACUGCAUGGUUUCGAGAUCCCCAUGCCGUGGUCCGCAACAUGCUUGUGAAUCCAGACUUCAAGGAUGAGAUGGAGUACACGCCUUAUCAUGAGUGGAAGGGAGAGGGAGAUGACGCAAAAUGGCAGUGGCGCAAUGUGAUGUCAGGAGACUGGGCAUGGAAUCAAGCUGAUGAAAUAGCCAAAGAUCCAGCAACGCAUGGCUCGACCUUCGUGCCCGUUCUUCUUGGAAGCGACAAGACAACGGUCUCAGUUGCAACCAGGCAAAACGACUAUUAUUCCCUCUAUGCCUCAAUUGGCAAUGUACACAAUAGUGUUCGGCAUGCUCAUCGUAAUGCUGUCGCUGUCGUUGGCUUUUUAGCCAUACCAAAAACUGUAAAAAAAUAUUCCGAAGAUGCGCAUUUUAGAAAAUUUAAGAAACAAUUGUUUCAUUCAUCUCUCUCACGAAUACUGCGCUCUUUCAAGACCUUCAUGACUGUUCCUGAGGUCGUGCGCUUUGGGGAUGGUCACUUUCGACGUGUCAUCUAUGGCUUAGGACCAUACAUCGCGGAUUAUCCAGAACAGGUCGUACUUUCUUGUAUCGUGUCAAAUUGGUGUGCUAAAUGUCUUGCUUUUCCAACAGAUCUAGAUGGCAAAGAUGCCCAACUUCGUGCUCGAGUAGUCACGGACGUCCUUUGUGAUAAUGUUGACUUCAAUACUCUGUGGUGUCAGUGGGGCGUUGAUGCUGACGUCAUGCCAUUUACGAAUGAUUAUCCAUGCGCCGACAUCCAUGAACUUCUGUCCCCCGAUAUCCUGCAUCAACUUAUCAAAGGUACCUUCAAAGACCACCUUGUCACCUGGGUUGAGAAGUACUUGGAACGCAUACAUGGAAAGACUCGCGCCAAGGUGGUGAUGGAUGACAUAGACAGAAGAAUCGCUGCAGCGCCAUCAUUCGCAGGCCUUCGCAGGUUUCCUCAAGGCCGUGGUUUUACUCAAUGGACUGGUAACGAUUUGAAGGCCUUGAUGAAGGUCUAUUUACCUGCGAUUGAGGGACACGUGCCCGAUGAUGUUGUCCGGUGUUUUCGUGCCUUCCUUGAAUUAUGCUACCUCAUACGACAGGAUAUUAUUACAGAGGACACGCUCAAGGAAAUCGAGGAGGCCCUUGACUGGUUUCAUCAUUAUCACAAAAAUUUUCAAGAGACUGGCGUUCGUUUUGACGGAUUCUCAUUACCACGUCAGCAUUCCCUGGUGCACUAUGUUACACUUAUCCACAUGUUCGGUGCGCCAAAUGGUGUGUGUUCAUCCAUUACAGAGUCAAAACACAUCAAGGCUGUGAAAGAACCAUGGCGACGAUCAAGCAAAUUCAACGCACUUGGACAGAUGUUGCUCACAAACCAGCGCCUCAAUAAACUCGCUGCUGCACGUACCGACUUCAUAGCAUGUGGAAUGUUAGGUCCACAUCCUGAUAUCGGCCCACAACACCCAUCGCAGGACAAUGGAAAUAUGAAGGACGGUGGUGAGGCAGGUGAUGGUGGCGAGGUGGACGAUGGUGGCGAGGUGGAUGAUGGUGGCGAGGCGGACGGUGGUGGCGAGGUGGAUGAUGGUGGCGAGGUGGACGAUGGUGGUGAGGCGGAUGAUGGUGGCGAGGCGGACGAUGGUGGUGAGGUGGAUGAUGGUGACAAGGAAGACGAUGGUGCAGUAGAGGGAGCCCGAGCGCAAUGUGAUGUGAAACUGGCAUGCAUGCCUCGUGCAUUGUCUUUUCUGUUACAUAUACCAUUAUCUGACCCAACAAAAGAACACAGACGACCGUACACCAUUCGUGCACUGGCUAAAGAACUCGACGUAUCAAACUUGCCUCAACUGGUCCGCCUUUUUCUCUAUGACCAACUCCUCGCAGACGACGAUCAUACGUCCGAUACUGUCCCACUCAGUGCUUGCCCCAGAUUUGAAGGCCGCAUCAAGGUUUUUGGCUCGGCAGCAGCUACUUUUUUUGCACCAAGUGAUCCAAGUGGUAUUGGGGGAAUGCGACGCGAACAUAUUCGUUCCGUCCCUUCGUGGCGUGGAGGGCCAGGAUGCUAUGACACCAUAUUUGUGAACACCCGAAGCGAGGGUGGAAUACACGGUAUGGAGGUUGCCCGUGUGUUAUGUUUCUUUUCCUUUCGUCACGGUUAUGGCGGUGAUUUGAAGACUUUUCCGUGCGCUCUGGUACACUGGUUUAAGCUAAUCUCUGAUGAGCCCGAUCAGCUGGACACUCGGGAGCUCUCAAUCAUUCAUAUCGACACAAUCGUUCGUGCAGCUCACUUGCUGCCCAUCUUUGGCAAUGAAUUUGUCCCAGAGAAAGCUACAUUCCACGAGACUCUAGAUAUUUACUGUGCGUUCUAUGUUAACAAAUUCGCAGAUCAUCAUUCCUUCAAAAUAGCAUCUUGA